CUCUAACAAUAAUGUCUCCCUGCCUUUCCUUGCUUGUUUGCCAUAUAUACCUAUUCCACUGCUAUGGGGCAAUUCAUGUUUGGUUCUCACAUGCAAUGUUCAGCCCAGGUGGGAAGGAGAUCUCAUGCUCAAUCACCUUCUCCGACCAAUGUACCUGUAUCUGCAUUUAGACACACACUCACUUCCCCCAUAUCUUGUUCUUUCUCGCUCCCAUGUGCUCUCACCAGGGAGACGUGCCCUUUCUCCUGAUGGCUCGACUUAUAUUCUCUCCCAAAGUCUGCUCUAAGCGAGACCAAGCAUACCCAAUGGCCUCCUCCUCCCCUCCUUCGGCCCUACUUGUCCGAGAAUACCAAUUGCCACUCCUCCGCAUCCGCAAACGGCCGGCAAGAUCCAAGGGAAAGGAGACAAGAGGAGGCCAAUCCUGGCGCCGCUCAGCAACUUCUGUCUAUUGCAUGGCGCCACAUGCAUUUUCUGCCCUGAUUGGACCACCGGAGGACGCCGUGUCUUUCUCUGGGAAAGGAUAUACGAACCGCCAUCCCUCGAAGGCGCAUCCCUUCCCUUUCCGAAUCCGUCAUCUAGCCCCCCGGACCACGGUAGCACAGCUUACUUCUUGAACCUUCUCCUCUGCUGCGGGGUGUGGCACAAAAACGUGAGGCAUCUCAUACUGCUUCCGCUCGAGGUUGUUGAGGAGUUUCCUGGUGUUUCAUCACUUCUACUAUUUGAAGAUCCUCAUAAGACCGAGCGAUCGACCGCGGGAUAGUGUUCCGACGGAGCUAUUCUCAACCGUCUCCAAAGUGAAUCCGGCCAAAUUUACCUAGGUAGCCAGCCUGGUACGAAGAAAGAAGGGAGACCGCGCAUCUACCAUGAGCACCAAAAUCCCUCUCAUUACACUCGAGGAGCAUUUCAUCUCCCAGGCUGUCCUCGACUACUAUGCAUCUCAAGGCGUCGACACGAGUCUUCCAGACUCCAUGGCCCACAUCAUGACCGCCCUCCGGGAGGUCGGGCCCAAGCGUCUUAAAGCUAUGGAUGGUGGCCGUAUUAGUCUUCAAGUCAUCUCUCAUCGACCAAACACUAUCCCCGUCCCACCAGAGGUCUGUACAAAGGCGAAUGACGAGCUUUACGAAGCGAUCAAGGCGUCGCCCUCCCCGGACCGCUUUGCUGCAUUCGCCAUGCUGCCGAUGCUACACCCGGAGGAAGCGGCAAAGGAACUCGACCGGUGCGUCUCACAGCUCGAAUUCGUGGGCAGUCUCAUCGACAACACUGCCAAUGGGCGCUACUACGACGAUCCCUUUUUCUGGCCCAUCUUCGCCGCCCACGAAAAGCUCGACGUCCCAGUCUACCUCCACGCGAUACCGCAACCGAUUACUGAGGCCACGCCGGCGCCAUCGUUCCAUGGGAACUAUUCGCCGCAGGUCUCAAACUUCCUCGCCAACCACGGGUUCCAUUGGCACAGCGACGUUGCGCUGCACGUUCUACGACUAUUUGCAAGCAAACUCUUCGACACGCAUCGGCACUUGAAGCUUUUGCUGGGCCACAUGGGCGAGACGCUCCCUUUUCUGAUUGACAGAAUUCACAAGCUCAUCCAGCGGACCUGGCCGCAUGCCUCAAAACCGAGGCGUCAUCUUCUGCAAGUCUGGCACGAGAACAUCUACGUCACGACGGCAGGCAUGUUCAGCCUGGCGCCCAUGGCUUGCCUGAUCCACAUGUGCUGCGCCGACAAGGUGCUGUAUAGUGUAGACUAUCCGUUUUGCAGCCACGAAGACGGCCUGAAGUUUAUGUACGCGUUAAGGGAAGGUGCAAUGUGAGUGUCCCCUUUCCCUUCUUGCUUCUCGACUUGUUCAAGAGACCUUUUGCAUAUUGCGAGAACGGACAGGUUGACAAUUUUCUCCUUUCCGCCCAUGCAGGAUCAAUGAUCAGGACUUUGAAGCAAUCGCAUACAAGAACGCCGAGAGACUGCUCGACGUCAAGGUGCCGGACGACAACGAAGUGGGGAUGGAGGUCGAAGGCGACGAGAACCAAGGCGAGGCUGACAGGCGGAGCAUGCCCUGGUUGACGAGCACGACCAGCUCGGGUAGCCUCAACGGCGACGGGGCGGCCUUUCCACACAGUCCGCUCGAGACGGUCAGGGAGGAGAGAUAGGUUGGGCCGAAGGUCCAAGGUCCAAGGUCCAAAAGUCUAAUGUUCGAAUACCACCUAAUAACGACGACAACGACAAACGUUAUACAAGACUCGGAUUGACAGUUACCACAUUAACCUCGAACUUCAACAGCAAUCAACCGACUGCCGCGGUUUUGUGAGGUAUAAAGUCUCACAGAACUCAGACAACAGUAUCUUUCUACCUACAACGCGAUACGUGACGACAUUGCGGCAAGACAAGUGAGAGGGGGGUACGGAGGAGGGAAGAGCAGUGUGGUAGUCGGCAAUCCGUGAUCAACGACAAGCUAGAUUUCUUCAUCCCUCGUCAAUCUUCUUCUUCUAUUCUUGAACCCGAGCCACGAACGGGCGGUGAGAGACCAACGGACUGAUGCUGUGCUGAAGGACAACCCAGCCCCGAAGUGUCGGACAGGGGAAAGUGGGGGCUUUGAGCAGGAACAUCUACCUUCGUAUUCGUCGUGUGUUUACCGAACCAUUCCAUAUAUAUGAAGAAACGACUUCACACCUCCCGUUCUCAUUCUCCUGAUGGAGCUUGCUUCUACAGUAUAAUCUCACCAUCCUGGAAAAGCGAGAUGGUCGGGUGUGCGAGAAUAUCAGCUACGAGG